AUGCCUGUGGUCAAUGCAGUCAACGCCGUCAAGCAGGUCGAUGUCAUGCAUGAGGUCAACACCAUGCAUGCGGUCGAUGCAGCCUGCCCCACUGAACGGGUCAACACCAUGCAUGUGGUCAACGCAGCCCAUCAUGCCAACGACGGUGACGCUCGAGGCCGCGAGGUGAAUGCCAUCGUGGUCGAAUGCAUCCAGGCCUCGUGCCGCGCGGCCUUUGCUCGUGCCAAAGAUUCCCAUGGCGAUCUCUCCGGCACUGUAAAGUUGCAAGCGCUUGCCGGAUCCACAUGUCAGAUCAUGGAGUCAGAGCUGGCCACAUACAGCAAUCCGCUGCGGAGGGUGUGCCCAAGGGCAGCGGUGGUGGCCUGCCGGCAGCUGCACGAGUGCUUUGGGGAGGUUUACUUGCCAAGCCUGAGGAAGCUGGAAGGUCUGGAUGUGGACACCAUAGGGAUGUGCAAGGCAGCUGAUGGACUGGAGAAGGCGAUCGUGGACCGGUGCGGGGCAGGCCUCAAGGACCUGGAGCUCUGGGGCACCAACGACGUCAUUCGGCCACACCUUUUCAAGUGGGUGGACCAGCAGAUGCAGGUAGUGCACUGCUGGCGGAAGCGCCUGAUUGAGGCAGAGGACUGGAAACCAUUGUCAACAUCCAACACAGUGUCCAGGUCAGCGGUGGAGUUCAUGAAGAUUCUGAUGGAUUCAGUGCGCGCGCUUUUUGCCCUCGACCUGCCCAUCCCGAGACAGGUGAUCCUGACUCUCAUGAACAACAUCGACCAAGCCCUGCAAGGAUACGGGCUGGAUGUGGUGCACGGCAUUGGACCAGCCAAAGAUCUCAUCCCUCCACUGCCGCCGCUGACGCGAUUCAAAAAGCGAAGCAGCACUGGGACUGCACAGGGCGAUGAGGUCCCCGUGAAGCGUGGCAUGGGCGUCACCAGGCGGGUCAAAAAACUGAAAGCGUAUUUGAAGGAACAGCUGCUUGAGCCAGCGGUGCCCAGCAUCGGGGCGGAGCCCAACUACAAGUUUGUGAGUGGGCUGACGGUCAACAGUCUUGUCGUCAGGGUCAACUCUCUGCAGUUCAUACGGGACAGCCUCCCCGAACUGGAGUCCCUGCUGCAGUCAUCCUGGCUCCGCUCCGCCAAGCCGGCCCCUGCUGACAAUGCAUCCUGGAUAACCGGCGCCCUCCAGACAGCACAAACAGAGUUGACCGAGUCAACACAGUCAACAUGUGAGUUUCUG